ACAUGAAAUGUAUACACAAAAGUCGGCACGAACUUAUGAGAUGACCUAAUAUAUAUAUAUAUAUGAAGUACAUGGCUUGAGAAAGGUGAAAAUUGUGUACAUAAGAAUCGAAACAGUUUGUAACGGAAAUCAUUCGAGUGUCGAAAUAGAAAGAAAGAGUAUCAUUACCGUUCUUUGAUUUGCUUCAUUUCAAUUUUGACAUGUAUUACGAUUAUAAUGUACUAGAUAAAUAAUGAUGAAUAAGGAAAAUAGAUAAAUAAACAUAGUAAGUGAGUGUUUGUGGUAACAUUUUAAGGUCCUAAUUCGGCGACGAAUUUGAUUGUUAUCGAUCGUACGACUUCAUUAACAUAAUAAAUAUAAAAUGAGUUGCAGGAACUCGGGUCGAAAGAAGAAAUUAAACAGCGCAUCGAGUUCAAACUGUUGCUGUAAGAUCACGAAGUUUGCGGACAGCACAGAACUCUCGACUUCUUUCUCCUCUUCCUCAUCAUCAUCUUCCUCAGACUCCGAAUGUUCAUGUUGCGGUUAUUCAAAUUGCGAUCGUCCAAAGCGUGAUCGUUCAAAUUAUGAUUAUUCAAGUUGUAGUCGCUGCAGCUGUAAAAGUACACCCAAAGGACGAGAAAGUAAGACAAAAUCAAAGAAACAAAUGGCAUUAUCCUGCAAGUCGUCGUCGAAGAACUAUUCUUCAAAGAAAAAGUCUCAACGUAGGAAAAGACGUUCGUCAUCAUCUUGGUGCUCGUGUUCGGAUUGCAAUUGUUCGGAGGACUCGAACGACAGCGACGAUGAAUGCGCCGUUACCUCAUCGAGCAAAGGAAGGAAUAAACCACAUCGUAGAACAAAAGCAUAAUGGAACCGCAUUACGCUCGCCCUCAUAAACCCAAUUCAUUUGGUCACCAAGCCUGAUUUUAAUAUUUUUAUACAUGACAAUGAUUUAUUUAUUAACUUUCUCGUAUUUAUUAAAUUAUACCGAUAAUUAGAAAUGUCAUUUUACUUAUUUGAAAUA